AUGAGUUCUCUAGUAAGACUUACAUAUGGGAUCUUAUUUUCACUGAUCUUCCUGACGAAGUUUGCAAGAUGCGUUCCAUUCCAUCCUACAAAACGAGCAUCAGAAGACAAAGGAGAGUCAUUUUGCUCGCUUCAUCAUCCUGGAACGGGAGAGUUUUAUGAUUUGAGUCCACUAUCCCGGUCAAAUCUAUCUGCGAAAGGGGACUACAAUGUUUCUGGAUAUGACUAUGGAGUCAACUUUACGCUCAAUUUGUGUAAGCCUGUGACAAGCAACAUUUCAAAUUAUGCUUUUGCAGGGGACAUUCCUUCUCCGGAAUCCAUAGGUGGAUUUUUUACGGAUGAAAGAAAGCGUCUGUUUUCCAUAGGUGAGACAUCUUACCAACCCUAUUUUCGAGGUAAAAAAUUGAUUAUGGAGUUGGAAAAUGGUUCUAUUUGCCCUUCUUCCGAUGAUCUUCGAAUGAGAUCUAUUAUUAGCUUUAGCUGCAAUCGUGAUCCUUAUGCAUCUUCGUCUAUUUCUUACAUUGCGAAUGUCUUUGAUUGUGCUUAUUUUUUUGAGUGGAAAACGAUACAUGCUUGUCCAACAGUGAAGAAAGAGACUACUUUAAACCCAUUCUCGGUCUUUCUAAUAUUUUGUACUGUUGCUUUCCUGGCCUACUUUGUGGGUGGAUGCAUGUAUAAUCGUGCUAUUUUCAAUGCUCGUGGUUUACGACAAAUACCAAAUUACGACUUGUGGAAUUCCAUGCUUAGUUUCAUCGUUGAUUUUACCAUUAUCGCUUUUACUUCUCUCGGUUCCUGUUUCAACUUUCGAAAGCCAAGCGGAAUUCGCCUUGGUGAAGGGACUAUGAAUAACAUGGAAGACGCUUUAAUAGACGACAUUGACACGAAUGCUUAA